UUUAGACUUAUAUAAACGGAUACAUGUUUUAUAAAGAAUGGUUAUAAUUAAAUUUUAGUUUUUUUAAGGAACAUCCGACAAUACACCUGAUCCCUUGUGGUCCACACUGGACAGAAAAUGACUGGGGAUAAGAGUUAAAAAUGUAUUUUAUCAAAACCUGCUUAAAAAUUCAGAUUAUGUUGUAAAUCUGAAAUAAAGCUUAUUAUUCAUCUGUGCUGGUCUUUAAUUUGAUUUGUGUGUGGUUAUCACACUGGGCAGUGUAUGGCAGAAUCACCUGGGAACAGAGCUCGAGCUCCAUCCAAGUGCUCUCCUGGCAAAAUGGCUGCUACUAUAUGCCACGCCCACCAGUCAUAUAUUUCAGAAAAAUAUAUUAAAAAUAGGCCUGAGAUCGUCAUAAGUGUGCUUUUUAAGUAUCCUUACCACUGUGGAAUAAAUGCUUGAUGUGAAAAAUGGUGUAAAAUGUCUUAUUUCAGUCAUAAUUCAGUGUAAAGUGGAAACAGAGCUUCACAGGAAGACUCUAUCCAGCAAUAUUAAAAGGAUGGUAAAAUGUUAAAAUAUAUUUUUGUUUUUAGGUCAAAGUGUGAAAUAGCAUGAUAUUAUAUUAUAGUGAGUGUUGUUGUAUGCAUUCUAAAUGCGAAUUUCACUAAGAUAUAAGUAUUUUAGCGAAGUCUUUGAAUAUUCAAAUUGAAAGUAUCGCGCAAUCAAAUCAUUGUCAAAUCAUGGACUUCUUGGGCAUUUAAAUAGUAGGGAUGAGGGCAGAAAAACUCAAACUAAUACUUCCCCAGCUAUAUUACUAUAUUAUUGUAUAUGGUGAGAGUGUUUGGAGAGUUCUUUAUUGAGACUUUUGGAUACUUUUGUGAAUAAUUCGUUCUUGCCCAUUUAACAGAGCCAAGAACAGGCGUUUUGGCUGCCUCCCUGAACUUCAUCUUCUUCUUCACGCCAAAAUGUCUGACAAACCUAAAGUGUAUCAAGGUGUGCGAGUGAAGACCACUGUCAAGGAGCUUCUUCAGAAGCGCAGAGCAGCUCUACAGGCUGCAGAAUCUCAGAAAUCGCAAACUGUGCCCUCUCCCGACUCAUGUCCCACAACGCUUCCUGCAGCCCAUGGAGAUGUUUUUCCUGCCAGCUCGGUGCCAGACACCUACUUCCAGCCUCGGCAGUUUGCUGACAAUGGGCACAUCUCGAUGGAGGACACGUUCCUGAUGAACGCGAUGCCUUCUGAGGGUUUGCACGCCAGCAGCACGUCGUGCAGCCCUGCUGCUUGGAUGGAUGGAUACAACAUCCCUGCAUGCAUGGACUACUACAGCAACCCCUUAGCCCCUCUUUCUAGUUCACCAACACACUCCUUUAACCUCCCCAGCCCAGCAGAUUACAACAGCUACUCCCCCCCUGAGUCUCACUCCUCGUCUUCCUCGUGCUACAGCUCUCCAUCACGCCUGGAUCUCAGCACCAGUUUUGCACCGGAAAGUUGCCACUACCAGCAGCACUUUGACCUGCAGCACUGCUACAGUCACUGGCCCGCCCUGAACGAGGCAGGAACCGCCUCAGAAUACACAGCUUACAGCUCUUCAGACUGUUUUUACCCAACCUUUGGUGAAGAUCUCUACAGCAGGAGGGAAUCGUCCAGCGCUGAGCUGUGUUACCUAUAAGAGCACUUUGUCCAAGUGACUGUUUUUGUACAGUGUCAUGAAACGAUGUCCAGCUUUUAUCAUUAGGUUUUUAGGUAUUGGUUACGUUCUUCAUCUCAUCGUAGUUUUUAUAUUUUUUGAGGAAAGCUAAACAUACACUUUCCAUUACAGACAUACUCCAAUUACUCCAAUUAUAACAACAGUACGCCACCUGGUUCAUAUAGAAAUAGAAGCCUUGUUAAUAUCAGUGACGAACAAAAUUGUUUUUGUUGUUGUUUUAUUGUUUCUUUUUUUACAAUAAAAUUCGUAAUUCGUA